AUGUCAAGCAUUCCAGAAGAACUCUACCACGUCAUCAUAGUAAGACUACCAGCGAAAUCAUUACUUGCAUGUAAGUUUGUUUGCAGGAAUUGGUUUAAACUAAUUUCAAAUCCUGAAUUUGUUAAAUCCCAUCUUCAUCUUUCUCUUACGACUACGUCUGGAAAUAAUAACCCUAACAUAUGCAUAUCUUCUGGGAAGAAAAUCUACAGCACAAAAUAUGAUUCAUUAUUAUCCUCCGCGUCUCUGAAAGAAUUUAAAGAUAAUAAUGCUGUUGAAAUGUAUUGCCCAUUCGAUUCUUUAAAUCAUGUUGAAUUGUUGGGUUCUUGUAAUGGUGUGAUUUUCCUAACGUUUAGGGGUGAUGAAUACAACGGUGGUAAGGGAUUUCUCUGUCUUUGGAACCCAGUUACAAGAGAAUACAAACAAAUACCUGGGUCGCCAAAUGAUUGUUCUAUAAACGAAAUCGGCAUGUACGCUUUUGGUUAUGAUGACAAGAUUGACACUUACAAAGUGUUCGAAACGGUGGAGAUGGAAAGAACUAAUUCACCUAAAUAUAAUGUUGAACUUGAAACUAUGGAGUGGGUAUACACCAAAUCAUAUAAAGUUAAUGUUUACACAUUGGAAUCUAACUCAUGGAAAAGCAUUCAAUUAAUUCCUUAUGAGUUUGCUGUUAAUGCUGGAGUUCUUGUUGAUGGAUAUCCGCAUUGGUUAGCUCACGCUGGUGGUAGGAUACCCUUCAUAAUCUCCUUGGAUGUUAGCAAUGAGAGGUUUGAAGAAAUGAAAUUACCAAAAGAAAACCCUGAUGAAGGCCAUCGGGGUAAGAUUCUGGGAGUGUUGGAAGGGUCUCUUUGUAUACUUAGUCAUGUAAGAUAUACUUGUUAUGAAGUAUGGAUGAUGCAGGAAUAUGGAGUUCAAGAAUCUUGGACUAAAUGUCACGUCAUUACCCAUAAAAGUGUUAUGUUAGGUUCUCCUUUAUGGAAAAUGUGGUCUAUCAAAAAUGGUGAGAUUCUUCUGAAGAAGGCAUACGAAAAUUUAGUUUUAUAUGAUCCAUGGAAUUCAAGUGCUAAAGACCUAAAAAUUGUUUAUUUAAGAGUCCUGAAUGUAGAGAAUCUUGUUGAAAGCCUAGUAUCCCUUAAAUCUGGUACUUUUACGGGGAGCAAGAACAACAGAACAAAUGGUACAAAGAUGAAAAGGUCAAAGAAGAACGACAGAAGAAAUCAUACAAACCCGAAGAGGCUAAAGAAGAAUAACUGA